AUGUCUCCUGGUCCUCCCUCCCGGUACGCUCUUUGUAUUGUUGGCUGCACUCUAUCCUCUCCGCAUCUCCACAAUCCCCAGAAAUACACCACACAAAAGCACACCUCCACUUCCCCUCCUUCACCAGCAAACCACAUCAUCGACACCUCUGCCCGUAAUACGCACCAUCUUUUCCCCCGCCCUUACGCCGUUCCUUUUGCCACUUCACUCUUGACGACUUCUCCCCGUAUUCUCCAAUCUGCAGCUGAUCCCGCCUUCACACCCGCCCUCGCCCUCGCAAUACCUCUCUAUGACUCACACUCCCCCGGAUCACCCAUUUCUACACACGCCAUCGUACAAUUGUAUGCAAGGACACUGCAAGUGUUCGCUUCUUACGUCAUGGGAAAACCUCACUAUCAUCAUGCCGGUUCGGAUUUGCAUAUUUUGAAACCCCCCACCGUUUAUUUGUCAAAUGUCACCGCUUUGCGGAAACGCGCAACAGGCCGUCGCAGGAUGUGUUGGCUGUAA